AUGGAUCGGUACGAGGUGGUGAGGGACAUCGGGUCCGGCAACUUCGGGGUGGCCAAGCUGGUGCGGGACGUCCGGACCAAGGAGCACUUCGCCGUCAAGUUCAUCGAGCGAGGCCACAAGAUUGAUGAACAUGUUCAAAGGGAGAUUAUGAACCACCGGUCACUCAAGCAUCCAAAUAUUAUUCGAUUCAAGGAGCUUAACAUUUUCUUCCUCUUUGCACUGUUCUGCACUAGUCAGGUCGUGCUAACUCCCACACAUUUGGCAAUAGUUAUGGAAUAUGCCUCUGGCGGCGAGCUAUUUCAAAGGAUUUGCAACGCAGGGAGAUUUAGCGAGGAUGAGGGAAGAUUCUUCUUCCAACAAUUGAUUUCUGGAGUGAGCUAUUGUCACUCUAUGCAAGUAUGUCAUAGAGAUUUGAAACUAGAAAACACUCUCUUGGAUGGUAGUGUCGCACCUCGGCUCAAGAUUUGUGACUUCGGUUACUCCAAGUCUUCUGUCUUGCACUCUCAACCGAAGUCAACUGUCGGCACACCGGCAUACAUCGCCCCAGAGGUCCUCUCUAGAAGAGAAUAUGAUGGAAAGGUCGCCGAUGUUUGGUCAUGCGGAGUAACGCUCUAUGUGAUGCUUGUCGGGGCAUAUCCUUUCGAGGACCCUGAUGAGCCAAGGAACUUCCGCAAAACGAUCACUAGGAUACUCAGCGUACAGUACUCUGUUCCGGACUACGUUCGAGUCUCGAUGGACUGCAUACAUCUACUGUCCCGCAUUUUCGUUGGAAAUCCUCAGCAGCGAAUAACCAUCCCGGAGAUCAAGAACCAUCCAUGGUUCCUCAAGAGAUUGCCCGUUGAGAUGACCGAUGAGUACCAAAGGAGCAUGCAGCUGGCAGACAUGAACACGCCGUCACAGAGCCUGGAAGAAGCCAUGGCGAUCAUCCAGGAGGCGCAGAAACCUGGCGAUAACGCCCUAGGGGUUGCCGGGCAGGUUGCCUGCCUGGGGAGCAUGGAUUUGGACGACAUCGAUUUCGAUAUCGACGACAUUGACGUUGAGAGCAGCGGGGAUUUCGUGUGCCCGUUGUGA